UUCUCGCAGAGAGAGAGAGAGAGAGAGAGAGAGCUGAAGGUUACACAGCAAAAGCACCGGGUUGUUGUAGUCUUGUCUGUCUGCUGCGGAGGGUCACCGGGACGGACUGAGUGUGAGGCAGCAGGCGGGGUGAACAGCACCGAAGCGCGGACAUGGAUCCCAUGAAGGCACAGCAACUGGCGGCGGAGCUGGAGGUGGAGAUGAUGGCCGAUAUGUACAACCGAAUGACCAACGCCUGCCACAGGAAGUGUGUACCGCCUCAUUACAAGGAGGCGGAGCUAACGAAGGGAGAGUCUGUGUGCCUGGACCGCUGCGUAGCCAAAUACUUGGACCUUCACGAGAGGCUAGGACGCAAACUGACAGAGCUCUCAGUCCAGGACGAAGAGGUGAUGAGGAAAGCAGCUGUUGGGAGUGGAUAGAGGCGCUGAUGAAGGAAAUGAUGUGGAAUGGGGGGGGGGGUUACUACACGUCAUGAGCUGGGGUUUGCAUGGGCUAGGGUUUUAAUGUAAACGAUGGGGAAACUUAUAAAAGAAAUUAAAAUAAAUGUUGAGGCCAUUAAGAGAAGCUGCAGAAGGGGUUGGACAACGCACUGGAACACCUGGUGGAACGGCUGUACAUCUUAAAACUGCUUCUCUGGGUCAGUUUGAUCUGUUCUACAGCCUGGAGCUUAGUGCUUGAGCAGCUACCUAAGAAAGACUGAAAAUAAAGAAAAACUAGGACAUGUUAUGUUAUUUUUAAGUCAUACAUACUUUUUUCUUGUUUUCAUCUGCCAUGUGUGCAGAAACUGAAAUACAUUGUUGUUGCUGCAGAAACUGAGUUUUACCAAACAUCUAGAUCAUGCAACAGUUUGAAACGCACACCAUUGAUUUGAAAAUGUCAAGUCUUUGACCUCAUUUCCCCUUUGGACUGUCCUUUUUUUUGUUUUGUUUUGAGAGUAAACAUGUUCCCUCUUCACAAGGUCACAACCACAGCAUGAUAUCCAGGUGCAGGUACAUAUUUUUUACAAGCAGGCGUAGUGUUACAUCUGUUUUAAAGGUCCACUGUGUGUAAAAGGAAAAAUAAAAGAAUGAUGCUUAAUUUUAUUAAGUGUAAAAAUCACCUGAUUGGUUGAAUUAAUUGUUUUUUAUUACUUUCAGAUUUCCAUCUCGGAAACUCUGAUGUUAACUGAAGGCUAUGUAAUACCAAUAAAUCUUGCCAAAUUUUACACACUGUACCUUUUUAAACCUUGGAUUGGGACAUGCAGUAAAGUAAUGGGCCUUUUUCACAGCAGACACAUUGACAUGUUCUAGCAGGAAAUCAUGAACAUGAAUGGUCACACCAGUCAAAAUGGCUGCUAACAAUGUCCAGUAUAGCAGAAUGGUGUGAACCAAAAUAUCUUCUCAUGGAACAUGUUUACUGUAAGAUCCGGACGCCGAGCCUGGUCACAAGGACUUUUGUUGACUUAAUGUCACCUAUGUAGACUCUUGAGCUGUAUGUCUGUGGACCAUGUUUUUGACUGUGAUGUUUUUUUUUGUUUUGCUAAUCCCUGUGACACGGCUGCUUACCUGCGUAGAAGAGGAGCUGCUGUGUUUCAUUGUCAUUGACCCCAAUUAAACCAAGUUGUACUUUAAA